AAAAACAGAAAAUACGCUAAAAUGGUAAAACGUAAACCACAGGCUAUGAUCGAUUCGGAGAGCAGCAGUGAUUCGGAAUCUGGUUCGGAUCUCGAUUCGGAGCUGCUUUCAUUGGCCAAGAAGAAGAAAACAACCCGUCUUGCAUCCGCAUCACCGAAUCAUGCCAACCACCACAACCGAUCCGGAUCUGGAUCGGAUUCCGGGUCCGGGUCCGGAUCCGACUCGGAUGAUGAUGAUGACGAUGACGAAGAGGAGGAAGCAUCCGGCUCGGAAGCGAUGGCAAAACGCAAGCGAAAAGGUGGCAAACCGACAUCCUCCUCCGAAUCGGAAAGUGAGCGUGAUGGAGAAGAUCGGAAACGAGGCAAUAACGCCACGGCACCACAGCAACCAUCAGCAGCACCACAAGCAGCAGCAGCGGCAGCAGCAUCCAUCAACAACACAGUGCUCGGUGGUGGUGGAUUAAAACGUAAACAACCGAUCGAUGAGGGCGAUGGAUCUGAACCGGAAGAGGGUCAAGUAUCGUCCGAUUCGGAGAAAACGCGGCGAGGGACCGGAAACGCGACCGGAACCAAACCAUCGAGUGAAGACGAUUCGAGCGAUGGCAAUUCUAGCGACGACAGUAGUGGCAGUAGUAGUAGCAGCAGCAGUAGUAGCAGCGAUUCAGAAUUUAACGAUGGGUACGACGAAAACCUGAUGGGUGAUGAUGCGGAUCGGGCCCGCCUAAACGCACUGUCCGAGAAGGAGCGUGAGACGGAAAUUUUCAAACGUAUCGAGCGGCGUGAUGUGAUGAAAACGCGCUGGGAAAUCGAGCGGAAGCUGAAGCUAGCGAAGCGGGCGGAACGGGCCCGGGACAGACAAGCACAGCCCGAACGCAAGAAGAAAAAGAAGGAGAAGAAAAAGGCACAGAAAAAAGCGGCCGCUGCAGCGGCGGCGGCGAACGCGGAACGGGAGCGUAAGAAGGCGGCGGCGGCAGCGGCGGCCGCUGCACAGACGGCAGCCGCUAAUGCAGCUGCGGCGGCAGUGGCCGCUGCAUCAGCGAAAGCAAUGGGAACUGGAGCGGUGGGAGGCGACGGGAUGUCCGGUCCGGGUGCGAUGGAUACGGGCGACGUGGGUAGCGGAGGAGGGAUGGGCCGGGCGGAUAGUCCUUCUUCGUCUCCGGAGAAGAAAAGCGAUGAUGUAUCAAGCGCCUCGGAAUACUUUGACCCGAAGGAACGUUCGAAGGAGCGUAAAAAAACGGUAGAAAUGAAUCGUACCGACGACAAGCGGAGCAAUGCGAUGGCAAUGUUGAAGGCGAAACGUGAAGGCAAAGCAAAGCGGGAAGAGGAGGAAGCGAAACGGGAAGCACAGCGCAAACAGGACGCUAGCCAACAGGAAGACAAAGAAGAGCUAUCGGAUGUACCGGGCGGAAAGUCCCAGAUGAAGCUAAAAGCGUCCGACAUCUACUCGGACGAUUCGGGCAGUUCGGACGAUGAAGAUGACGAAGGUGGCGGUGGGGGUGGUUCAAGCGAACGGGACAAAAAGGCACGCAGCGACCGGAGAUCACGGUCCGGUGGUAGCGGGGACAGUGGAAGUGGCAGCGAUAGUCGAUCGUCCAGCGAUUCCGAGGGCGAAGAUAAGGAGAAAAAAUCCGGCUCUGGAUCUGGAUCUGGGUCGGGGUCCGGAUCUGGUUCGGGGUCUGGCUCGAGCAGUCGCAAACCGGUCGCCAUCAGUUCGAACGCGGAACUGAACAAGCUGCGAAUCUCGCGCCACAAGCUGGAACGGUUCAUCAAUUUGCCCAUCUUCGAACCGACCGUUAUGAAUUGCUUCGUGCGCAUCAACAUUGGCAACAAUCAGGGCAAACCGGUGUACCGGGUGGCGGAGAUUAUCGGUGUGGUAGAGACGGCCAAAAUCUAUCAAUUUGGCCGCAGCCGAACGAACAAAGGGUUCAAGCUAAAGCACGGCAGCCAGGAGCGGGUGUUUCGGUUGGAAUUUGUAUCGAAUCAGGACUUUUCCGACACGGAGUAUCAGAAAUGGUUGACGGUGUGUCAAUCGACCGGCACACCGCUGCCGACGGUGGACAUGAUCGACCGAAAGCAGCGUGACAUUAAGGAGGCGUCACAGUACGAGUUUAAGGAUGCGGAUAUUGACCGGUUGGUGGAGGAAAAGAAUCGGUUCCGGGCGCAUCCAACGAAUUAUGCUAUGAAGAAAACGAUCCUGAUGAAGGAGCGUGAUGCCGCUCAGCUUCGCGGUGAGGACGAUCUGGCCCGCGAACUCAACUCACAGAUCCAGGAAAUCGAAGAGCGUGCAAGCACACUGGACAAAAAGCGCAGCAGCAGCAUUAGUCUGAUCUCGUACAUUAACGAUCGCAACCGGAAGCGUAACGUGGAGGACGCCGAGAAAGCAAUUAUGGAGGAGAAGCGAGCUACGCGUGGAUUAAAAAUUGAAGAUCCAUUCACACGCCGGCAGACCCAACCCCGUAUGUCCUUCAAGAAGGAUGAUAAGCGUGACGAUACGCCUAUGCUACCGAUGCAAGCACCACCACCGCCCGGUCAGACAGGCAAGAAAAAGACGGACGAAAAGAAACCAAAUCAGGGUGGACAGGCGGAUAACAACCUUUACUCGCUGCAUGAUUUCGAUAUCGACCUGGAAGUUCCACUACCAAUAAGCAGCGUCAACGUGCUCCCGAAACCGGUAGAAAAACCAGUACGAGAAUCCGGCCCGAAACGAUCACUCAAUCUGGAAGAUUACAAAAAGAAGCGUGGACUGAUCUAG